AUGAUCUAUCUAUCUAUCUAUCUAUCUAUCUAUCUAUCUAUCUAUCUAUCUAUCUCAUUAUUCGUUCCACUCGGCUUUUCUCUUAUGAAAGUUGUUUACGACAUGCCGGCCCCCAAAGAACCGUUUUCUUCCCCCUCUCUCAGUUUUUAUCUCUCUGUCGCUACCUUUCUUAACCCCCCCCCCCCGCCAUCUACACAUUCUUCUUCGCCCGCUUUUUAUUCCACCCUUCGCUUAGCACUGGCGGUUCAUAGGACCUCGACUUUCUUUAACUGGUACUUUUCUGUUCUCUCUCUCCCUCCUCCUACUACUCAUCACUCGCCCCCACUCUCAAACUCUCUCUUUCUAAUUAUUAUUUCCGACUCGUGCUUUCUCUCCAUUAUAUUUCUCUCUGUCGUUCUCUCCUUAACAACGGCGAAGACAUUUUCCUUCCAUCUGCUUCUCUUUCUGUCUAUCUACCUUUCUGUUAUUCUCCCUCACUCUCUCUCUCUCCCUCUCUCUCUCAAUAUUCCUCCCUCCCUACACCUCCCUCUCCCUCUCUCUCCCCCUCUCUCUCUCUCUUUUCUGCUAUUUUUCUUUUCUUUUUUUUCAUUGUCUGCCAGUUUCUUUUUCGCUCUGAAUAGUACCUCUAUCUUCCCGUCUCUCUUUCUACUACCACAACUAUUAUUACUACUACUAAUAAUAAUUAUUAUUUUCCCUCUCUUGCUAUCUCUCUUUUCUCUCUCUCUCUCUCUCUCUCUCUCUCUCUCUUCUUUCUCACUCUCCUGUAACUUCUCUCCUUAUUCUCUUUUUCCAUUCAUUUUUCUCUCUGUUUUCUUUAUCUCUGAACAUGAUCUCUGUCUUUCUCUCCCGAUUUUCUCUCUCCACUACUACUACUACUACUAUUAUUAUUAUUACUACUAA